AUGACUGUUCUUUCCAAUUCCAGCAACCCCCGCCAGGAAAUGGAUUUUAGCCAUGCGGCCGCCACCAGAAUUGAAAUGGACGACCUUCAACCAACCCACCUCGAGCACUAUGGCCCACUUGCACACGUAAAUACUGUGGAGUCUCGACUGCCUGCAUUUGCGGGCGAACUGCAACCAGGUCUCUACCGGACGCCCAAGCUUCGGAAGUAUGCAAAUCCUGCGCCUUUAGGUCUCUCGGGGUUUGCCUUGACCACAUUUGUACUGGGGUGUAUCAAUAUGGGCACGCGGAAUAUCACAGAGCCUAAUAUGGUUGUUGGUGUUGCGUAUUCUUAUGGUGGGCUGGUGCAGCUUCUCGCUGGCAUGUGGGAAAUGGCUGCUGGAAACACAUUUGGUGCCACCGCUCUGUCUUCAUAUGGUGGCUUUUGGAUAGCCCUAGGCAUCACGUUUACCCCUGGAUUCCAAAUCAUGUCAGAGCUUCAGAAGGCAGACAACGGGUCGACCGACAUGUUUUACGACUCGUAUGGGCUGUUUCUUAUGGGCUGGUUCGCCUUCACAUUUCUCCUCCUCACCUGCACUGUCAAAUCAACUGCAGUGUUCUUUUCCCUUUUCCUAUCAGUGGAUGUGGCUUUCUUGCUGCUUGGGCUUGGACACCUCCAUCGCGAUUCUCACGGAAUGCCUAAUCCGCAAAUCCUCAAAGCUGGAGGCUUAUUUGCUCUGAUUGCUGCAUUCUUGGCAUGGUACUCUGCUCUAGCAGGUAUCGCGGAUGACAGCAACAGCUUUUUCAUUAUUCCUGUCUUUCACUUCCCGUGGUCCGAGAAAGGUAGGGCUUCCAGACGAGAGGCUGCUGCUGCUGUUUAG